AUGGACGCUCAAUCAGAUGUAGCCAUGAAAUUCAAGAGAAUCGGCAUUGUUGGCGCAGGGAACAUGGGGUCCAUGAUGGGUUUCGCCUUUUCCGAACUUGGCCUUGACGUCUCGAUUUGGGAUGUCAAGAGUGCCAACAUUAAUGGGGUCUUGAGCAAGCUCAGGCCUGAGCCGAACGAGGGUGACAUCAUUAUGGACGGCGGCAAUGAGCACUAUCUAAAUACAAAGAGGAGGCAAAAGGAAUGCAGAGACAUUGGCGUGGACUGGAUCGGGAUGGGAGUUUCGGGCGGCUAUCAGUCGGCGCGCCACGGACCAAGCCUCUCGCCAGGAGGAGAUAAUGCUGCGUUGGAAGAAGUCAUGCCGCUGCUGGAACUUUAUGCGGCCAAAGACCCCAAAUCAGGCGUGUCGUGCGUAUCGAGCAUUGGACCGGGCGGCUCUGGUCAUUUGUAA